AUGUCACAGUCCAAAACAAACUCAAGCAUUGAUCUGCUCUACUCCAAGGGGGUCAGUGUCUCAGACGUUCGGAAGUAUGGCUGUUUCACUACCAUGCCUGUUCGCCGCCACGAUAACCACAGACUCCACGACGAAGUUGAACACCGGCUCUUUGAUCAAUGGAAUGAUAUUAUUGGGGAUGGAGUCACAGAUAUUUGUUUCGGAAGCAUGAACCAUGUCUCUGGAGGCUGGGACUCCUUGGCUCUACCAGAAGCAAAACCAGAACGAAUAUAUUAUACAAUUUGGCUGACUAUCUUCUUUUUCAUUUUGGAUGACAAAGCAGAGACUCUGCCACGCGAGGAGGCACACAAUCUGAAUUUGGAGGUCGAUAAGAUAUUUUCCAUUGAGGAUCCCAGCGUGGAACUACGGGUUGAUAUGUCUCCAAUGGAGAAGUUACUUACUCCCUUUGUUAAGGAUUUUUUGGCCCACGACCAAGCACGUGCAAUUCCAGUUUUGCGUCAAUGGCGUUAUUGGCUACAAAACGUUGAUUCCAAGUGCGUGGAAGACUUCAGAAGUAUUGAAGAGUAUAUCUCAUACCGGACAAUAAAUGUUGGUCUUCUCCCAUUCGACGCAAUGAUGCGUUAUGUCAUGGAGUUAGAUAUUACCGUUGAUGAGGUCAAGCUGGUGGAGCCAAUCAACUGGCAUACAUGUGCCAGCGCGGCACUUACAAACGAUUACUGGAGUUGGAAUAAGGAAGUUGCCAAUAAUAACCAGCAUAGCAUGAGGAUCAUGAAUGGUGUCACAGUCCUCGGGAAGGAGAAAGGAGUUGGCAUAGAAGAGGCACUUCGGAUGCUUAAGGAGCUGGCUCUAGUUCACGAACGCCAAGCUGCAGACUUGUGUGCAGAAUUCUUGGAACUGGAGUCAACACACCCUCGAUCAAAUGACUUCUACAAGUACGUGGAAGCACAUCUUUGGUUCAUAGGUGGUAACAGCUACUGGAGCUCUACUUGCCGUCGUUAUCGUAUCAACGGUCUUACUGCUUAG